AUGGUCAUUAUUGCAAUUUAUGCCAGCCUUCAAAUCACUUUACUUGCCCUCUGGUGCCGACAAAACUCGACAAAGACAGCCAUCGCUGAACCCGUCCUUGGAUUAAUCGAAUCAUUUGCACUUGCCGCUUUGUCGUUUGUCGAACACCGAAACUCCCGGAAGCCAUCCAAGUUGAUCGGAUCAUUUCUUGUCAUCACCAUCAUCCUCGACAUUUCCCUCGUCCGAACCUUUUGGAUACGAUCGAUGCACAGUAUUGCGACUGUGUUCACUGCCUCGUUUGCGAUCAAGACGGUCCUAUUGAUCCUGGAGGAAACGCCCAAAACGUUACUCGGCGAAAAGAAAAAGAUACACGAGACCUCAUCAGGAGUGGUCAACAGGAGUUUCUUCUGGUGGUUGAAUGGACUCUUCCUUCAAGGUCAUCGCACGAUUCUCGAGACCCAAGACCUCCAGGCGAUAGACUCAAAGUUUGAUACAGAGCAUGUAUCCGCGCUGUUGGAGAAACAAUGGGAACGGGCCCGCAAUAGUGGCCAGCCCAGUCUUUUGAGGAGCACCUUCCUCGCCUACAAGUGGCAAUUUGCCGCUGGUAUCAUCCCUCGACUCCUCCACAGCGGCUUCAACUUUGCGCAGCCCUUCCUCAUUCAAUCCGUUAUCGUGCUGGUCAGCGAAAACGAAAUGUCGGUCCAAACUUCUAGUGGGCUCAUUGGAGCAACUGUCCUCAUCUAUCUCGGUCUUGCUAUUUCUGGCGCCUGGCACAAACAUAUGUCCUUCCAGUUGGUGACUAUGUAUAGAGGUGGAUUGGUGUCGUUGAUAUUCAAGAAGACGCUCAAACUCAAGACCGCGUCCAUCAAGGACUCUGCACCUGUUACACUCAUGACGGCGGACGUGGAGACUAUUGUUGGUGCCGGAGCCUCGGUUCAUGAUAUUCGGAAAGCCAAGCUUGCUUGUGCUGGUUCCAACCGUCACGGCGUCAUCUCUCCAGCUAUGGAGCCAGCGACAGUGAAAUGGAAUGAAGCUGUUCAGAAGCGAGUUGGUGAAACAUCAAGCAUGCUCAAUCAGAUGAAGGGUAUCAAAAUGAUGGGCUUGACAGAUUUCUUUCUCAACAUGGUACAGGGCCUUAGGGUCAAAGAGCUCAAAGUAUCUGCCAAGUUCCGAUGGUUGCUCGUCUACUUCAAUGCGCUUGCCAUGAUAUCUGCUCAGUUGACUCCGGUGGUUGUCAUCAUGUCUGCAAUUUACUGGACCAAAGCAGAUGGAGGCUUGAGUGUCGCAGAAGCGUUCACAUCACUAUCCCUUAUUUCUGUUGUGACUCAACCACUUGUCAUGAUUCUCGUCUCUUUGAUGCAGAUUUCAGGUGUUCUAGGGGGUUGUGGCAGAAUCCAAGCGUUCUUGCUGCUGGAUGAGCAGGCUGUCACUAAAGAGGUAGUCGAUGUUGAUGCCGUCACUAUGCAGAACGCCAGCUUUCAGACGCCCGACGGAGAUUCUUUGCUCACCGAAGUGAACCUCCAAAUCUCACCCGGGACACUGAAUGUGCUCGUGGGCAGAGUAGGAUGCGGAAAGUCAUCACUCUUGAGAGCUAUCAUAGGCGAGCUUGUACCAGUAAAGGGGAUGGUCAAGACGGAGGAGUCUCUUGCGUAUUGCGACCAGGUACCAUGGCUCCGCAAUACCACAAUUCGAGAAAACAUCGUUGGGCUCUCUCCAACGGACAGCAAGUGGCUGUCGAUAGUUCUUCAUGCUUGCGCUUUAGAAGAAGACCUCCAUGAAUUGCCCCAAGGUCAAGAGACAAUUGUUGGUUCUGGUGGCGUGGCGUUAAGUGGAGGCCAAAAACAGCGGGUUGCCCUUGCACGAGCUGUCUAUUCGCGAAAGAAGCUCAUUAUAAUUGACGAUGUCUUUAGCAGCCUUGACAAAACGACAGCAGAUACAGUCUUCCAUCGCCUUCUGGGGGCAGAUGGUCUGCUUCGGAGGAGUACUGUUGUUUUGGUAACCAGUAACGUUCAAUAUCUGCCAUUCGCCGACUUUGUUACCGUGAUUGAAGAUGGCCGAAUCACUCGCAAUCAAGUUUCCUACUCCCAACUCGAAGCCACCGAAACCCUAAACACUAUCGCACCAAUCGAAACACUGGAGCCUACACAAAAAGACAUAGUAAAGCUUACUCCGAAGAAGGAAUUUGACAUGGCUCGGAAGACUGGGGAUACAGAUUGCUACAAGAUAUAUGUCAAGUCCAUGGGUUGGAAAGUCAUUUGCAUCAUCUUUCCAACUUCAGUGAUUGGCGCUGUACUCGAAGCCAUGCCCCGUAAGUAUUGCGCUCGUCUUUCAGAUGAAGCUAAUGAUGUAGAAAUCUGGUUACGAAUUUGGACGGAGAAAGGUGAGGGCUCAAAGGACGCACAUUAUGCAGGAGGAUACAUCGGACUAGUCUUUGCUUCAAUGGCCCUGGCACUUCUAAACAUCGAUUACUUCCUCAUUGUCGGCGUCGAAAAGUCAUCGAACAACCUCCACGAGCAGCUUUUGAAGUCUGUUUGCAGAGCCCCAUUGCACUUUUUUACAUCAACAGAAAGCGGUAGCAUUUUGAACCGCUUCAGCCAGGACAUGACACUCAUCGAUAUGUCUCUUCCGCUAGCGUUUUACCUGACACUCGACUUGACCUUGAGAUGUGUGGUUCAGGUUGGUGUGGUGGCAUCGGGAGCCAGUUACUUUGGCGCAUUUCUCCCGAUUUCAUUCUUGGCUCUGUAUCUCAUCCAAAAGUACUACCUGCGCACGUCCAGACAGAUGCGACUCCUGGACCUGGAAGCCAAGACACCACUCUACACACAAUUCACGGAGAUUACGGCUGGGCUCGCAACGAUUCGCUCAUUCGGAUGGACAAACGGGGUUCUCGAUGAAAGCUUCCGCAUGCUGAAUACAUCGCAAAAGCCGUUUUAUCUAAUGUUUUGUAUUCAGCGAUGGUUGGAACUGGUACUUGACCUCUUCGUUGCUGGGAUGGCCAUUCUUCUCGUCACGAUUGCCCUGCGGAUUCCUGGCACCACUAGCGAGGGCGCGAUUGGACUCGCCAUGGUUAACCUGCUAGGGUUGAAUCUGACACUGACAACUGUGAUUGAUCAAUGGACAACUCUUGAAACUUCGCUUGGAGCCAUUGCCCGGCUGAAGUUGUUCAUCCAAAACACCCCAAACGAGAACAAACAGGGUGAAUCUGAAGUCCCAGACAAUUGGACUGGAGGCAGAAUAGUGUUUGAUGGAGUGACCGCGGCAUACAGUGGCAAAUCAUCUUUGAUCCUUUCAGUACUACGUUUACUCGAGCUGCAAUCAGGAAGCAUUCACAUUGGCGGCAAGGAACUAGCAUCACUAUCUCGUCAACAUAUCCGAUCCCAGAUAACAACAAUCCCUCAAGAUCCUGUAAGCCUCUCAGGCACAGUACGACAGAAUCUCGACCCAGAAGCACUCAUCCAAGCUGAUGAAAUCCUCAUUGAAGCUCUCAAAAAGACUACCCUAUGGGCAACCAUUGACACUCGCGAUGGACUUGAUGCUGAUCUCAGUGAGCUUGGAUUUUCAGUCGGCCAACGCCAAUUGUUUUGUCUUGCACGAGCCUUACUCUCACACUCAAAUAUCGUCCUACUCGAUGAACCAACCAGCAGUGUUGACAACGCUACCGACAAAGACGUACGACGUAUCAUUCGAGAGGUUAUGCAAGGCCGAACAGUGAUUGAAGUCACUCAUCGUCUUGAUUAUGUGACAGACUUUGACCUAGCCGUCGUCAUGAAGGAUGGGCGAGUCAUCGAGACUGGCGACCCCAAGGAGCUACUCACCCAGAACUCAGCUUUGAAGGCGCUGCGGGGAUGA